AUGUACAUGAGCUCUGCCUACAUCUUCUCUGACAUGGUUUCUUCCUUUGUAGAUCCUUUUGCUGAGGCAAAUGCUGAGGAUGCUGGUGCAGGCCCGGGCGCAAAAGAUUAUGUGCAUGUGCGCAUCCAGCAGCGCAACGGCAGGAAGAGUCUGACCACUGUCCAGGGCCUGAAGAAGGAGUUCAGCUACAACAAGAUCCUCAAGGAUCUCAAGAAGGAAUUCUGCUGCAAUGGCACAGUAGUCCAGGAUCCAGAGCUAGGCCAGGUCAUUCAGCUUCAGGGUGAUCAGCGUAAGAAUGUUGCUACUUUCCUAGUCCAGGCUGGAAUUGCGAAGAAGGAGCUCAUCAAGAUCCACGGCUUCUAA